CACUCGACCAAAUAGAUACUUCACUCGAUCCACUCAACAUGCACGCUACACAAUCUGCACAGAAACAACAAGCACGGAGAGCUGCGCUAGAGCAAGAGAUCGCCGAGCUUCAAAAGACACUCGGGGAAGGCGAAAACGCGGAUGAGAUUGUGACAAGACAUAUCAAACUUUUGCAUCAAUACAAUGAAGCCAAGGACGCGGCCCAGAUAUUGAUAGGAAGACUCGCCGGCCAUCGACAGACAACAAUCCGACAGAUUCAUGAGGACUAUGGGUUGUCCGAGUCAGAUUGAUAUUUAGCAAAGUAUUUCCUCUCGGGCAUGCCACACACAUAACGAUUAAGGAUUCCAG